CCAUCUCGUGUUGAGCGAGAUAUAUUUCUCGCGCGGUUCCCACUUCCCCCGCGGCCUCUACAGUUCAGUUGGGGUCCUUCGUUCCCACGUCCGAUUCACAGAGGACAAAUUAACCGCUACCUCUUCCGAUACAGACGGCCGGUGGUUAACUCCACGCCGUAGUACGUGGCUGGCGACGCCAUUGAUUGCCCCAGCGUCGCCGCUCUCCAUUUGCUUUUCCCCGGCCGGCCGGCCGGCCGAUAGAGAUCCAAAAAGUUGCGGUUGUUCGACCCACCAGCCAUAGAUCGGUCGCUCGGAAAGUUGCCCAAUUUAUUCCGGUGGCACGUACACGCGCGCGGUGCGUACGUGCGUGUCGCAUCUCGGUUGGUUCCGUUCCUCUAUUAAUCGCGCGCGGCGUUUCCUGGCGAUCCUCGACCGAGCAGAGCAAUGGCGUGCUGCGCGGCGGUGGUGGCGGUGGUGCUGGCGGCCGCGGUGGCGGGGGCGCCGGUGGAGGGGCUCGGGGUGAACUGGGGCACCAUGGCCACGCGCCGGCUGCCGCCCAAGGUGAUGGCCCAGCUGCUCAAGGACAACGGGUUCAAGAAGGUGAAGAUCUUCGACGCCGACGAGACCACCAUGAUGGGGCUCGCCGGGACCGGCAUCGAGACCAUGAUCGCCGUGCCCAACGACAUGCUCGCCGCCGUGGCCGCCGACUACCGCCGGGCCAAGGAAUGGGUCAAGGUGAACGUCACCAAGUACGACUACCACGGGGGCGUCAACAUCAAAUUCGUGGCGAUCGGGAACGAGCCGUUCCUCACGGCGUACAACGGCACCUACGACAACGUCACCGUGCCGGCGCUCAAGAACAUCCAGCGCGCGCUCGACGAGGCCGGUCACGGGGCGGCCAUCAAGGCCACGGUCCCGGUGAACGCCGACGUCUACGACUCUCCGGCCAGCAACCCCGUCCCGUCGGCGGGGAAGUUCCGGGACGACGUCGCCGCCGUCAUCACCGACAUGGUCGGCUUCCUCAACCACAGCGGCGCGCCCUUCAGCGUCAACAUCUACCCGUUCCUCAGCCUCUACGGCAACGACAACUUCCCCAUCGACUACGCCUUCUUCGACGGCGCGCCUCCCACGCCCGUCAUCGACAACGGCAUCAACUACACCAACGUGUUCGACGCCAACUUCGACACGCUCGUCUCCGCGCUCGACAAGAUCGGCUUCGGGAGCCUGCCGGUGGUGAUCGGCGAGGUCGGCUGGCCGACGGACGGCGACAAGCACGCCACCGUGCCCUACGCGGAGAGGUUCUACACCGGGCUGCUCAAGCGGCUGGCGGCGCGGCAGGGCACGCCCCUACGCCCGCACGCCCGCAUCGAGGUCUACCUCUUCGGGCUCAUGGACGAGGACGCCAAGAGCGUCGCCCCGGGCAACUUCGAGCGGCACUGGGGCAUCUUCACGUUCGACGGCCGCCCAAAGUUCCCGCUGGACCUCCGUGGCAACGGGCGGCCGGUCAUGCCGGCGGGGGCUAGGGGCGUGCAGUACCUGCCGCGGCGGUGGUGCGUGCUGAGCCCCAACGCCACCAACACGACGGCGGUCGCGGAGAACGUGGCCUACGCGUGCUCGCGCGCCGACUGCACGCCCCUCGGCUACGCCUGCAGCUGCGGCGCGCUGGACGCCGCCGGGAACGCCUCCUACGCGUUCAACGCCUACUACCAGGCGCAGGGGCAGGUGCCAUUGGCGUGCGACUUCCAGGGCCUCGCCCUCGUCACCGACAAGGACGUGUCACGGCCACCCUGCAACUUCACCGUACAGGUAGUCGCCGAGUCGCGCGCCACGGCGGUCACCACCAACACAACCGCCGCCGAGUCUAUGGCCCCCGACGCAGCCGCGGCGCGGCUCACCGCCGCCGUGAUGGCUUUGUUACUUGUGCUCGUCUCGGCAUAAGGGCAAGGAAUAAGUGUUCGUAGGCCUGUAGAUAUAUAUAUGUGGCAGUCUGGAAAAUGAUGUACGAAUCUCUUUUCUUAUUUUUGAAACUAAACUAAACUAGCAGGGUUGCGAGGGCAUCAUCUGUAAACUCUUCGGAGUAAUUCAGAAAUAUAUUUUUGAUUUUUAAGA